AUCCAUCCUGCAAAAAUGCUGUGUGGAAUGAUAGCUAUCUCUGUUGCCUUUGGCCUAUUCUACUAUGUCACAAACACAAAACGAUCUGCAACACGUUUUAAACAGGACCACCCUGUUAUUAGCUUGACUGUCAUUUUCUCAGGUGGUUAUUUCAUUGUUUACAUGUUGGGAGCUGUGAUUGUAUUUCUUUUUGGGAUUGGCCUUCCAUUGUUGUUGAUGAUUAUUCAUGCAUCCAUGAGAUCACGCAACUUGAGGAACAAGCUGACAAACAAGAUCGAAACUGUAGGUCUACGUAAGACUCCUAUGGGAGUAUUUCUAGAAGCUUUGGGACAAGAACCAGACCUUGCAGUAAAAACCGAGCUUGAGAUCACGUCACGUUUGAGUCAAGCUCUGAAAAGGAUUGCUGCUGUUACAGAUUCUCCUUCAAUUUCAUGGGCUGGAAGAUUUGGCAAAAGUUAACAAGCAUUAACAAAACUAGUGUUUGCAAAACAUUUAGGAAUUAUUUUUUACUUCUUUUCUGGCUAGAUAACUACUUCAUAGUGAUUUUUUUUUCUAGCAAAAAUUCGACCAUGGGUUAUUAUAAAUGUGAUUGUUUCUAGUGUCUUUAUUAUAUAUGUAUAACAGAGGGGGAGGGGGGGUUACUUACAUAUUAUUAUCUUUCUGGCUUGUCUGUGAUCUAUAAAUUUAGAAUACUUGUUAGUAAGAGUAAAAUUAUUUACAAGAGAUGUAUGUAUUGUUUUGUAAAAUAGAUUUUGAUUUCCUAAAAAGUGCUAUUAUCAUUCUAUAACAUGCAGCUUUUAUGUUUACCUGUAUAAAGUUUUUCCAAGUCAAAUUUUUUAAUAUGACUUCUCUAGUCUUAGUUUUACCCAGAAAAUAUCUAGUGUAUUAAAAAUUAUAAUGAACGUGGAGGUGUAAAUAAAUUAAAGAUGCUAUCUUGAGCUUUAUACUCAAUCAGAAACUUAAAUGUGAAUUGGCACAAUUGUUAUUCCAGUGAUGCAUUUUUAAACUAUCUGUGUAAAGUGAUACUUCACUUCCCAUAUUUAAUGAAAACCUAAACUUCAAACAUGUUUUGUUUUAUUAAAAGAAUCUGUAUAAUGUCUACAUCUGUAAACAGUUUUGCUUUGUUUCAAGAAAUUAAUGAAUAAAUUUGGUCUUAUAGUUUGUAAACAAUAAAGCUUCAAACUAAGGGUGAAAUUUCAAAAAUUACACUACUUUUAUAUCUAUUAUGUGAUGCCCUUGUAAGUAAGGUAUCAGAAUGAAUAAAAAAAUCCCCAAAAAUGAAAUUGGAAAGCUCAAAACCUUCAAGGGCCUUAUAAGAGUAGUUCAUUGUUCAUCAAGUUGAAUAAGACACAACUCCUUAAAAAUGUGUAAGCUCUUGUUGUUGUUGUAAUAUCUGAUAGUUGGAAAAUAAUAUACCGGAAUUCCAGUUAACAUGACUACUGGCCUGAAUAUAGAAUCACAUGUGGUCUAAGUAAUUUAUGAUAUGGUGGUAAACAUUUUAGUACAGUAUGCUAAUAGAAUUGUUGCUGUUCCUGAUAAUAUAGUUAUAAAUUAACUUUAACCUCCAAAUCAUACUUGACAAAUACAAUUGUGUCUUUUUUUUAUGUUGUUGUUGACAAUAUGAUGAUGGUAUUGUUAUUCCCCUAUGACAAUAUUUUUCUUAUGUCAUUUUGUUAAUUUUUUCUCCUCUCUCUCUCUCUUCCAGCAAUAAUCAUAUUUAUCAAAAGACAUAGUGUAAUGUAAUACAUAAUUUAAUCUCUUCAAUACCAUGAAGCAUAUGUGUUACGAAGAGGAACAAUUGAAAAUAACAUAAUUCUUGAAGCAAUUAAAGGAUUUGUUUUUCUAAAGUUAGUAUAUAAUUUGUACUAUCUAACUGAUACUAAGUAGUAAUGUGACACUGACAAAAAGCUGGAAAUAUCAUAGUUCCAAAAUCAGUUUAAUGAUUUCAUUACAUAUUACUUGAUUUAUCUAAUUAAUACUAAGAAGUGGAUUUAACACUAACAAAAUACAAUGGAAAUAUUCAAUUCAGUUGGCAUUUUUUUUUCUCUCUUGCACUAAAGAGGGAGUUAUUUGAUUUUUUUACCUGCUGUAAUUGUGCAAACAGUAAUCUAAAAACUUAUUUUUCUUCUUGAUGAUAGAAGUAGCUACCACUUAGAUAUGUAUAUCGAAAGAUGAUUCUGUUUAGUGCAUAAUAAACUGAUUGUUUAAAAAAUGGUGAUACUUUUGAUGUACUUUUAAUAUUUAGCAUACUUGUUUUCAAAUAAAUCCUGGUGUUUGUAGAGAGAGAUUUUUGAAUAAGAAUGAAUCUACCUAGUUUAUCCAAGCAUAAGUGUACAUUUACAUUUUUCGUUUGUUUGCUGAAGGUUUUCCAACAUUAACCACUAAACUCAAGAACAUAGUGGUUCUGUAUUGCUUAAUAGCAAGUAAUUGACUUUAUUGUGUGUUUGUAAAUUUCUUGAUGUAUAAAAAAUCUAUAACAGAUUAUCACGAGGUGCCAUUUUGCUCUUUGAUAAUAGAAGUAUCUGCUAAAGGUAUGCAAGUUAACAGCCUUCUUCUUUGAUUAUGUAUGAUACUAUUUAGCUAAACAUUUCCUUGAAAAAUAAAGUUGUUUAAG